GAGGAACCCACAGCACAUAGCACCGUCUGACCACACCCCUCUCCCCAGACAGUCCCUGCCUCGCCGCUCCUGCUUGCCACAGGCACGUCCACAACGCAUAGACCCGGCGAAACAUCGAAACAACAAAAAGCCACGGCCCACGAUAAUACUGUACACCCCCUACGAAAUAGACACCAGUGCUUUUGCCCUUUUUUUUCUUAGCACCCCGAAAUGGCCUCUGCAGACCCGCCAGCCACCACAGGACCCACGUCACAGACCGCACAGACCGCACAGACCGCACAGAUCGACAGAAAAGUGCCGUCUGCGCCGGACAGAAAGCAGACAGCACCCACCCACAUACCGACGUCGGCGUUCACGCCCGUCAACGACCUCCCGCUCGAGAUCAAGGAGCCCAUCAAAAUCACCACCAGCAAAAAAUGGGUGCUCCCGCCCAGACCCAAGCCGGGACGCAAGCCGGUGUCCUCGUCAGACCUCGACACCGCGGCCUUCUCGCUCGACAAGGACUCGUCCAAGUCGAAGAUCUGCAAGCCGGACAUCCACCACAACCACAGCCACAACCACAACCACCUGCGCCAGGUCACCAUAGAAAAGAGGCCCUUCUCGUUCCCGCCGGAAAGAGACAACUCCAUUUCUACCGCAGUUCCGAGUGGCAACACCACGCUGGCCUCGUCCCCGGCAGACUUCUCCUGCCUCUCGCCAAAGUCGUCCUCCUCGUGCAUGCCGACCCCGUCGCCAACUCCGGACUCGCUGUCGCCAAAGCUCGAGUCUAACGUGCCCGUCGCCAAGCCGCCUCAGACACAGCUCCAGCCGCCGGCACACACACAGCCCGAGAAGAGAAAACGCUCUGUGGCCAAGCUGGCCCACCAUGCAGCCGCUGGCUCCAAGAGAAAACAGGACCAGCCUGUCGUCACCAACAGCAACAAAAUGAUCGAGGUCGACUGUUCCAUAAUACAUAACCCGCUCAAGACAGAAAUACUGAAGAUCAACGAGGAAAACUACUACUUGAAGCUCGAAGUCAUCCGGCUCGUGUCCAACUUGAAGGGCCUCAGAGACGAGAUACAGCCCAUUGUCGACAAGCGCAAGACAAAGGCUGGCCGGAAGGUGAAGAAGGAAAAAUCGACUGCUGCGGCCAAGCCGGCUGCGUCAUCAGCAUUGCCGACCGCUGCUCCCACAACAGUGGCACAGGGUGUCCAAAAACAGAACCCAAAUACCUUCACACCCGUCCUGCAACAAGCGUCGUCGUCAACAGCACCAGCUGCGACCCCGGUUACCGCCCCCACCAAGAAGCGGAACCACGACGACGACAUCAACGACUUAAUUUUGUCGCUGAUCGACUUGAGCCACUCGCAGCAGACCUCCGAGUCCAAACCGGCCUCCGACGAGGCGGCCCCCAACAGCGACUCCGCUCGCAACACAAACGCUAGCACGACCUUGACCAUGACCCCGACCACGACGACGGAAACGAACACUCACUCACACACCCACACGGACACGAAUAAAUAUACCAACACUAAUGCAGACAUGAAACGGAGCCCAGAAACCAAAGGAACAAACAACAAGGCGACGAAGAUGAAGCCCAAAACGAAGCUUAAAGCAAAGCCAAAGCCAAAGCCCUCGAACGCAGACCUGCAAGCAGACGCUGCUCCGAUCCCCGACGCCGUGGACUUUGCAACGAUGAAUGCGCCUUCUUCGUCGAUGACGACAGCUGCGGCAGCUACUGUCACAGCUGCACCACCAGCAACAUCAACGGCACUCUCGCCAUUGGUGCUUGACCAGAGCGCAGACGCUCUCCGCCAGGGACAACACUCACACGUGCAAUCGCCAGUCUUCUCCAACGACCUCGUGAACGACCCCUUCUUCGAGCUCUCCUCGAAGGCUCUGCUGGACAGGCAGACGCUCUACGACGAAGACGACCUUGACCUGCUGUCCACCGUGUCGACAACGCCAAGCACCAUGUUUUCCCUGUCUCUCAGCGCCACCAACGAGACCGUCGACUCUGUCGCCGGCAGCAGCGGCCCGAUGCUCAUGGGCGGCCUGGAAAACAUCGACGAGCUGCCACCCUUCAACCUCCUCAACCUCCCGGACGAGAAGGCCAUCGCCGCAGGCAAGCUCGACAUCCGCCUCAACUACGACUACGACCGCUCUGUCGCCGAGAACCGGUACCCUCCACUCGACACCUUCAGCCUCCUCGACGGUGGCAUAUCCGGCGACCGGGACAGAGACAUUGGCAGUCUACAGCUGCUGUCCGACAGAAGGCUUUCUGUCGACGGCUCCUCGGGCCCGAACACUGGCGAACUCGUUGACUUCGCAAUGCCCGAAGACGUCGAGUCUGUCUUCGACACCUUCAUCCACGGACGAGGUGCCUUUUAAGCUUCCAGGUUUUUCCGGCCCUGCCUACAGUCUUCUAUAGAUCCCGGUGUGUAAUGUUAAUGUAUAUGAUGAUGAACGACAACGACAAGACGAAGACCUCGGACCCUCAGCCAGCCCCUCGUUUCCGGAACGGCGUUUUGCCCCUCGCGGAAGCGGGCACGUGUGCCAGCCAAUAUAGACACUAUCUGCCGAGGGCUGCGGGCCUCUGGCGUGUGCUCGAUGAAGGAGAGGGCCACCCCGAUACGUACGAUCUGCACGGUGUCGCCGAAGAC